AUGUCGAGUUCCAAACAACUUCAAGGCGGUGGAGGGGUGAAUCCCGGGACCGGAAGGGGUGGCAAGGGAAAUGGCAGCGUCGGCGGGCGAGGUGGCAAUGUGGGGAGGGGGAAAGGGAGAGAUGGAAUUGGUGGUCGCGGCAAUGGAGGGAACGGGAAAUACGGUCGUCGCGGCGGAGUAGCUGCCGGUGUUGGUGGGAAACGAAAUGGUGGCAACCGUGGGAGAGGCAACCGUGGCUGGACUGGCGGCAACGGAGGGAGAGGGAGGGGGAGCCAAGGUGGCAGUGACGUAGAUGGCGAAGGAAUUGGUGGCUGCGGCAAUGGAGGGAACGGGAAAUACGGUCGUUGCGGCGGAGUAGCUGCCGGUGUUGGUGGGAAACGAAAUGGUGGCAACCGUGGCUGGACUGGCGGCAACGGAGGGAGAGGGAGCGGGAGCCAAGGUGGCAGUGACGUAGAUGGCGAAGGAAUUGGUGGCUGCGGCAAUGGAGGGAACGGGAAAUACGGUCGUUGCGGCGGAGUAGCCGCCGGUUUUGGUGGGAAACGAAAUGGUGGCAACUGUGGCUGGACUGGCGGCAACGGAGGGAGAGGGAGCGGGAGCCAAGGUGGCAGUGACGUAGAUGGCGAAGGAAUUGGUGGCUGCGGCAAUGGAGGGAACGGGAAUUUGAUCCAUGGUGGCCGCUGCAGAUUAAGUCCCGGUGUUGGUGGGAAAAAAAAUGGUGGUAAAGGUGGCAGCGUGGUUGACCCCAGCACUGGUGGCAAAGUAACAGGAGCCGGCACCGGCUCUGAAAUCGACCCCCUUGGAGUGACUGCUGGUGAUGGAUAG